UUGAUUUUUACCACCAAUGAGUGAGCGCCACGUCAGAAGGUAAAACCCUGCUUUCUCGGACGUUGUGAGUAUAGAUUCGGGCCAUAAGAGGAAGAAAUCCUCGAUCUCCACUAAUUACCAUCACCACCACAAGAAGAAGAGCGAGAUGUCAUCGUCAACGGCAGCCAAUCAAGUGAGGGCAUCUCACAUACUGAUCAAGCAUCAAGGUUCUCGCCGUAAGGCAUCUUGGAAGGAUCCAGAAGGUCGCGUCAUCUCCAACACCACCAGAGACUCCGCUGUCUCACAGCUCAAAGCCCUUCGAGACGACAUCAUUUCAGGCAAGGCUAAGUUCGACGAGGUUGCCUCUCGCUACUCCGAUUGCAGCUCCGCUAAACGCGGCGGGGAUCUCGGUCCUUUUGGUCGGGGCCAGAUGCAAAAGCCAUUCGAGGAUGCAACAUAUGGUCUUAAGGUUGGUGAGAUAAGUGAAGUUGUGGAGACCGAUAGCGGGGUUCACGUCAUCAUGAGAACCGGUUGAUUAUUGGUGAUUAUGCCUGGAUAUGUUGAGCAAUUAGUUCAGUCUGUUCGGAAAAUGUAUCCAAGAAUAUUCUGAAAUUACUUCCGGCAAUGCCUAUGGCCAAUGUUAUUGAUUGCUUUUAUACACUUGACAAUGACCUAAAUGCUUGGACGAUUUGUGUGCUGAGGCACAUUUAAUUUUGAAACCAUUUUUGUUUUGGUGUGA